AACUUGCAUGUGUGGUUUGAAUGUGCAAGCAUUUGUGUGGUGUGUGUUCUGGAGUUUGGGAAUGUGUUAUGUGUUAUUUUGUUUGAGCAGGUAUUUGUGAUGAUAGAUCUUGAGAAGAUCUUUUCGACGCAACAAGAAUCUCUUCAAUUGGAGCAACAACGCGAAAGCUAUGAAGAUUCAAAGUUCAUGAGCUUGCGUUACAAUUGCGGCGGUUACUAAGUGAAGUUGUGGGGUGACUCUAUAUGGAGUUGGGACCUUUGGGGGUUUGGGAAAUUUGUCACUCUACUGU